AAUUUAUAGAAAAUAUCAUUUAAGUUAUGAUUUGUUAAAUUACUGUGUUAUAUAACUUUCGUUAUUGCACUUUAGUCUAUCUAUUUAAACGCUUAUUAUUUAGCUUAAACGCCUGAUACAGGCGGUUGUGUUUAAAGUUUUAAAAAAAAGUUGCAGUUUUGCAAAAUGAAUUCAAAAGAACGGUAUAAAGAAGAAAUAGCCAAAGCCUUGAUUCUAUGCACUAAUGCGUAUUUAGAAAUGGACAUGGACUCAAGUGAUGACGAUAUGGAUGUUCUUUUAAAUGAAUAUGAUAUUGAUAGUAAUGAUACUAAUGAUAGUCAUUCGAAGGAUAGAGAUAGAACUAUGGUUACUGCCUUGUCUAUACCAAAGUGGAGUGGGGAUGAAUACAGCAUGUUCUUAAAGAUGUCAGCAGAAACCUUGGAGUUUGUGUACCAGCUUCUCGCUCCAGGGCUACGUCGACAGUGCUAUGGGAUGCCGAUGGUCGAUGCUCGUCUGCAGAUCAUGGUUGCCGUACACAAGUUGACCUCUUCUAAUACUUACAGAGACGCGAGCGCCACCUUCAAUAUGAAGAAGUCUACAGGGUACAACUGCACCAACCGAGUGAUCAAUCUGCUCCAUACCCUCGCACCGGGCUUCUUACAGUGGCCGUCCAUAGCCCAAGCCAAUACCAUAGCCAAGGAUUUUGAGUCUAUUGCCGGCUUUCCAGGGAUUGUGGGCAAUGUUGGCUAUUGUCGGCUGAACUUUUUGGAUAAGGAGGCUAAGGAAGGCGUGUUGCUUCAAGUAAUAUGUGACUCCAAAAAUAGAAUAAUCCACUGCAACAUCGCACCAGCCGGAACUAACCACCAAUCCGUGCUCGCACAAUACCUCAACGACCAAAACAUCCCAAAAAACACCCAUUUGAUAGCUAACAAUUCUUACUCACUACAAGAAAACCUCAUGGUGCCUUAUCAUGAAGAAAAUAUUGAGACACAGAGGAUUUUUAACGAGGAAAUUCGUUCGUCUUUUGUUAUUCAUUACUGUUUAGGUUCUUUAUUAGGACGAUUCGAAUCUUUGAAUCGUGGGUUAACUUUGAACGAGAAAUCGAAUCAACGGCAUGUAAAUGCGUGCUGUGUGUUACAUAAUAUAUGUAUAUUGAAGGGUGAUAUUUGGAGUGCGAAUGGGAUAGCUUUGGAAAUGAAAGAGACGUCAGUCGCUUGUCCGAAGGGUGUGAGGAAGAGGGAUGAUAUUGCUUCUAAACUUUCUAUGGGCUGAAAUAAUGGAGUCAGAUUGGAUUGUCAAGAAAAUGAGGAGACCAUCGUAACGGGGUUGCUGCGACAUCUCGAAGAUGCUUUAGGCGUCGGCUGAGGAGUUGAGAUGAAUAACUAUUCACGCGGCUAUACCUACCUACCUAUACCUAUUAAUAAAAUUGAUCAAACAAUCCUCGUUUGGAAGUCGGGUGAAAAAGCCAGAGAACGAACAUACGGGUACCGAUGGAUCGAUGAAAUCCAGAAAGACCUGUGUGACAUCCAAGCGGCUGAAUGGCGUCGGAUCGCACAGGACAGGAACGAAUGGCGAAAUCUAGUGUCGGAGGCCAAGAUCCACUUCGGGUUGCUGAGCCAGCGAAG